AUGAACACACCGAUUACCCCCAAAUUCUCGAUUGAAAAAAAAAAAAACUCAAUCAGGAACGAUGACUCCACGCCUGGUCUAAAACAUGUUUCGCGGCACGAGAUCCAUCAUUUAAGCGAUCGAAAAGAGAAAUUAGGGCUUGAACGAGGUACGUUCAUUGAAACAUCUUGCAUUCCCUUGCCUUCAUCAGCGAUGGAUUUGAAUGUUACUCAAACAGGAACACAACCGUAUGCGGGUCGUCAACACCUCUCGAUCACACCUGGAGGUACCAAAUACUGGAUACCGGACUGUGACAAGUCACUUAAGCCGCGUAAGGGACAAAAAUUUCAAUCCAUAGAUGCUGUAAUUGACUUCUACAAAGAGUAUGCUUGCGUUGUUCGUUUUGACGUACGACACAGCACGUUGAUUAAGGCGAAGGAUAAGACCACCAUUUGGAGGUACUUAGUAUGCUCACGAGAGGGUUAUAAGCACCAUUCACAACCGAAUCAUUCAAUCCAAACUGAAGGAAGUGUAAUAAGACGUAGAGUGUCCAACCGAGUGGGAUGCAUUUCUAGGAUAGCGCUGCGCGUGGACGGGACCAGUGGGUGUUGA